AAUUUUUUUAUUUAAAAAACUCAAAAAUUAAAUUUCUUUUUUAAGAAAAACAGUGGUUAAAAUAUUAUAUAUGUACUAUUUUCAUAUUUUAAGGUGCAUAGGGUAUAAUCGAAAUUAUUAGUAUCUUUAGAGUAAUUUAUGGGCAUAACAUUUAUUUAUAUAAGCCUAGGAUUGACAACUAUUUUGGUCCAAAGCAUUUAGCUAGGGUAACGUUGCUGCUUAAGCGUAAUUUGGGCUCUGAAUGCAUGGGCUUUAAUCCUGAAGGUCGAAGCCCAAUACUUUUAUCCAAGUGUGUAAGUCAAUGCUCAAUCGCUUGUUCCAAACCCAUAAUAUUAGGUUUAACAAGUAACAAUAUCUGCACAUAAAUAUACACUGUGAGACGUGGGGGUAGAUUUAUGUUUUCGUGAUGCCUGCAGUCACUAUCAAAUGUCAAAACCAUUUGUUUCUCUGAGUCUUUUGUUAAAGCGUGUUGGUGCUUUUGAAAAUGGUGGACAUGUUCUAAAGUGAAGCAUAUAGCAAUGGUCCUCCGUUUCUUUCCUUCGUAUUCCCCCCCCCCCCCCACCACCAAUCGAAUCCUAAAGAUUUUUUUUUUGGGAGAAACUGUUGCUUGCAAAUCACGAAGAUAAAAGCCCUUGAGGCUGCAGCUUAAUCCUCUGAACUCCCUCACACGCACAUGGGUCCGGAAUGCAGCCCCUGGAUGUUGAAAAAGCAUGACUAAUCACAUGCAUAGCUUUGCUUGUGUUGGAAAAUGUUGAGGAUCUAUUUUUAUUUAAAAUUGAAUGAAAAAACCCAUGUUCCUUCCACUAGGGCUUGGGGAGGACACCUCAGACCUGACCACUAGAACAAGGGCCUAGGCUUGAGCCGAUGGUCCUAAACUUUUCAACAAGCUAUCCGAGUUGGACCAUGAUGGUCUUAGAAAAGGCAUCCAACUUCCAUUUACCCUUUAAAGAUGUACAGAGCCAUGUGCUUACAUUAUCUAGAAUCAAUCCUUUCUCGUGCUAUUUCAAGUAUCACUCUUUGGGUUGGAGAACAAGAAAAGCUUGGUUUUUCACUGCAAUGGACAUCAGAAACUGGUGCAAUUCAGGGUGCAAAACUGUCUGCUUAGGCCGGGGCUACCAUGAGUUUGGACCUGUGGCUGUGAACUCAUCACCAUCCACCACCGGGUCAAACAAAUUGAAGUGGAAAGUGCUCUGGAUGAAGUUUAAGAAAGAGCAGAGGAAGAUUUUUGAGUCUGAUCCAGUGCAGGUACCCUAUGAUCUUUACACCUACUCACAGAAUUUCGAUCAGGGCUUUGCGUGGGAUGAGCCUGACAACCUUUCUCGAUCAUUCUCUAUGAGGUUUGCUGAUCCUUCCAGGGUAUUUCUAAGCAAAGCUGCAGUCUAGUUGAAUCUUGAAGACACAAGUUUUCAAUCCUUGAUGCACUGAAGCUAUCUGCUAGUCUUCAGUCUUCAUGGAUAAAAUGUUUUGUCCCAUUCAAUCUUUUCAUCUGUAAACAGCAUGUUGUCUUCAGACAGAGAAAGGGCAAAACUGCAGUGUUUAAAAAAAAAAAAAAGCAAAAACUAUUUCUGUAAUUUCUGAUAUUGCAACUGUGAUGCCAAUGCUUGAUCAAUAUAAAUAUCUUGACUAGCUAAUUUGUUUGUUUUAUGUAUCUUCUACUUGAAUUAACCACCAAGUCCAGAUGCAAGGCCUUUUGACAUUUUCUUGUGGCCGACAGUGCAUUAAUUGCUUUCGCUCACUGGGAAAAAAACGGACCAUUUCUCAAAAAAAUAAAAACGCAAAAAAAGGAAUAAUGAUUUUUGAAGCAAAUUAAACAUUAUUACUAGGCAGCAACAGCUCUCUGGCCGCUGGAAUUGUAAAACCAGAUGGGAUUCUCAAGUUGGCGUUGAAAAAUUAGUGAUCUGAUGAUUCAAAAUCAUGUUAUAUAAUUCAGAGUUUCCAAUGAUAAAACUUUGGCGAGACUUGGAACAAAAGUAGCUUAGAUGACAAAUAAUAAUGGAGAAAGAUGCUAGAAAUUAA